AUGAGGCUAUUAUCGUGGAAUUGUCAGGGACUGGGGGCGGCCCUGACUGGAAAGUCUCUCCGACGUUUGGUUAAACGUCAUAGCCCCUCUAUGCUUUUUCUUAUGGAGACUCGUCAGCAAGAAUCAGUGCUCAAGUUUUGGAUGCGUCAACUUUGUUUUGACCAUUACUUUGUCGUUGAUCCUACUGACAAUGGGGGUGGUGGUCUUGCUCUCUUUUGGGACAACUCUGUCCAAGUCUCCAGUAUUAUCGGCACGGUUAAUUAUAUUAAUACUAGUCUGUAUUUUAUUUCUGAAAAUUUCCAUUGUAAUGUGUCUUGGUUGUAUGGGAACCCCCAUGUUAAUCAAAAAUCGGUCUUCUGGCGUUCGUUGUACACUGUCUUCUCCCCUCAUGUUUUACCUUGGUUGUGCUUGGGGGAUUUUAACGAAAUCAUGUGGCUGCAUGAAAAAUGGGGUGGCCUCCCUCAGCCUCGGUGGAGGAUUAAUCUGUUUAAAGACUUCCUGAACCAUGCCCACCUAUCGGAUCUUCUUUUUCAGGGGCCGGAUUACACCUGGUACUGCUUCCAACAUGGUAAGGUGGUUAUCAAGGAGAGGUUGGACCGCGCCUUUGGCAACAAUGCUUGGAUUGCAAAUCAGCCGACUUCCCAGGUCUUUCACCUUCCUUUACUUGGUUCUGAUCAUCGCCCAAUUAUGCUGGACACUAAGCCCACAGAGCGUCUGACUCCGCCUAUCUUCCGGUUCGAACACUUGUGGACCACACAUCCAACUAGCACUCAGAUUGUCCAAGCCAACUGGCAGAACUCUCCCUCCCCAUUACAGGCUACAAACUGGGUUUCAAAUCUCAAAGAGUGCCAAACUUCUCUAUCCUCUUGGGCAAAAAAUACCUUUCCCAAUUUUGGCAAAGUUGCAUCUGAUGGCCAAAGUAGAAUCCAAUCUCUUUUGGACUCUGAUCUUCCUGAUGCCCAUCAGCAAAUCACUGCUGUGUCUGAUGAAAUUGCUUCCCAUUGGGCCUUGGAGGAAUUAUAUUGGAAACAAAGAUCAAGAGUCUCGUGGCUUGCCCAUGGCGACCUCAACACCCGUUUCUUCCACCAAGCAACAAUUCUGCGUCGUCGAAGAAAUAAGAUUCUGAGACUCCAAAACGAUUUUGGCCACUGGUUAACAAAUGAGAGAGAUAUUGUUGAUCAUCUCAACAACUUCUUUCGUGACAUGUAUGUUUCUUCCCCAACUGACCACGUGCAAACUGUUCUGGAUUUUGUUGACCCGGUGGUAACCUCCGAUAUGAACAAUGCUCUGUUGUCUUAA